CCGUUUCCCAGUUAUCACGAGGAACAUCCGGUGUUAAACUUCAACGUUUCUGGGUUCAAAUUGUGGAAUUACAAGUGGUGCUGAACCAUGUAGCCAAGAUGUGCACUACCACUACUCAUGGGAUUUUGCCCAGCAAGUUCACUAUCCACAUCAUGCACAACAAGUUGGGCCGAUAUAUUUCGCCACCCCACGAAAGUGUCAAGUGUUUGGCAUGUGCGCCGAAGGUUCAGGAAAACAGACAUUUUAUCUUGUGGACGAGGCCGAAUUUCCAGGGAAAGGAAGCGACAGUGUCGUGAGCAUGGCCCACCACUACUUUCAGCACUUUGGCGUUGGUGAAAAACAUGCUGAGGUUCAUUUUGAUAACGCCGUUGGCCAAAACAAGAACCACACUGUGCUUUGGUAUGCCAUGUGGCGUGUUAUGACAGGACUGCAUGAGAGUGUAACACUAAACACUAUGUUGGCUGGGCACACCAAAUUUGCUCCUGACUGUCACUUCGGCAUCUGGAAGGUCAAGUGGCGAUGCUGUAAUGCCGAGAAUCUUCAAGAAAUUGCCCACACAGUAUCCGCCUCUUCAAAGUCUGGCCACAACAUCCCACAGCUGGUUAAUGACCCUCAGCAGCCAGUCACAUUUCACAGUUGGAAAUCAUUCCUAAAUACGUAUUUCAAAACUCUAAAGAAUAUCACCAAAUACCACCAUUUCUAUGUAUCAAAACAGAAACCAGGAGUUGUAGUUUGCAAAGAGUUUGUAGAUUCAUCAGAAAGUGAAUUUAAUCUUUUGAGGAUGAAUCCAGAAUGUGGUAUUUUGCCUGAACUAAAGCACGCACCGUGCCUAGAUGCUGCACGUCAAUGGUACCUUCACGAUUCUAUAGGUCCAUUCUUUAGAUCUGAGUCAUCAAGAUCUGCAGUAUGCCCUAAACCAACUAUGGGGAAAGUCAAAGUUGAUAUUGGCAAAAAUGACACACCGAAAGGCAGUAAACGCAAACAUAGCCUUCUGUGUUAAUUUAAUGUGGACUGGUUAAAUGUAGUGCUGCAUAGAUAUGUUUGUCAAACCAGCCAGGAAGUAUACUUAUGUCAUAAAUGGCAUUUUAAGCAAGUGUAAUUAAUUGUAACAUGACAUCAUAAUAAUGAAUAGUGUUGAAAAUGUGAACGCUUUGUAGUAUCGAUGUGUUUAGGACUUUAAAUACUCACAUUAGUAGGUUUGAUAUGAAUAUGAGAGGAAAUGAAAAAUAACUUAUUGGGAUUGUUUACUUAGAUUGUUAUAGGCUUGCAAAGUCCCUUUAUAUUAGUUGGACAAAAACACUUGUUUAAUCAACUUUGUAUUGAACAACUUGAGAAAUAUCCUCUACAUCUAAAGACUAACGCAAUUAAGUUAUAUGUAUCUCUGCCAUUUGAAACACGAGAAAGGAUAUUUGCUUUUUUGGGUAUUACUAAUAUCAUUGGUUGGUUGCAUUGCAUUGUGGAAGUGUUUUUUAUUACAAAAUCAUUGCAAACUACAACUCUGUUUUUUUGCAAAUGAAAGAGAAUGUGCAGAUUUUUCCUUAAUCACUUGCUAGGCCUUUAGCAUUAAUUACCGAAAUGUGACUUGACAAUUUAAGAAGAUGCAUUUUUUAGAAUUGUUACUUCAGUUGAAAAUGACAUCUCAAUGAAUUAAGUAUUGUCAUUUACUCAUUUGUUGGUGAAAUGUUGAUUGUAGAUCAAAUGUUUGUGGCAAAUGUGAAAAAAUGAUCAAAAAAUGGCAUUAUCACAUGUAACCAUAGCAAUAGACUGUUGUUUCCAUAGUUCUUUUUGUCAUUUUGUACAUAAAUGAGCAAUGUGUACUCUUUGUCUCUAUGAAUUAGUUAAUGUGUUAGCUAUAACAUACAGUAAAGUUAGUAUUUCGACGUUGA